AUGCGUUUACUCGUUAGCGCAGUACUCAGCCGUUUCGUACUGAAGCGCCACAUCAACAGGCUGCAGUGGCUUUGCAUCGUCGGGAUCUUCUGCGGUGUUCUCUUUGUCAAGUCCGCAACCAAAGGUCAUGAGCAUGGCGACGGGAUCAAGGUCGGUCACAGGCAGUUGUCCUCAAGCGUCUUAGCGACCAUUCAGGUGGCCGCUGCUGCAGUGCUCAGCUCAGUAGCUGGCAUCGCGCUCGAGUACAUCUUUCGUGAUCGAACUAUCAAUCUGUGGGCCUCCAACGUGCAGCUCAGCGCCUUCUCUAUCCUUCCUGCGGCUCUCCUUGUCUUGGUAUCUGACAAGCACCAGCUUUCGCCUGUUCUGCACCACCUCACCCACAGCUUCUGGCCCAUCAGUGUGGUUAUCUUUCAUUCCAUGAACGGCAUGCUCGUCGCUCUCAUGCUUAAGAAAGCUGGAGUCAUUAUCAAUGAUUUAGCUAGUGCGCUUGCCAUUAUAUUGACGUUUCUGCUCAAUACGGCCCUUUUCCCUUCUGACAGUGAGGUCAGAGGGUUCGGCAAGAUUACGUUCGUGUGCUUGGGCUCGGCUUCGAUCCUGACAUCAACAGUCAUGUACCAGCGAUGCGCAGCGACGAUCAAGGACGAUGCUCAGACCAAAGCACACGUCGCAUCAAGACCACUACCAAUCAGCACAUUCGCGAUUCAAGACCCGCCAGCCUCGUCGACCUCAGCGUUCGAAGCCGAUUCUUUCGAUAUGCAAGCACGUAAAGUGUACAUCAACACGACGCGGAAGCCGCUGUGCCCAAGACAUCACUCAUUUGACCCCGAUGCUCGUGCGAUGCAUCCAACGCAAUCGCCAUUAUGGAUAUCCAACACGGAGCCAAAGUGA